AAGUGAGCACGCGCGGCCCGGGGGCGGCUCACUCCGGGACACACUUCGUAGGGAAGCACGGUUCGGUUUCAGACGUUGCCGGUGAUUUUCGCCGUGGUCCCGCCUCGGCUCGCGUCAGGAACCUAAAGGGACAUAAAGAGAUGGACAGACUCCGGCAGGCGUCACGCAGCACGCUCUCUCCGGUGCAUCCGUAUGCGUGACGCGCGCGCCCGCUUCAUGCCACACGUUCGCGCAUAAACCCUCAGUGCCCGUACCUGUACCCGUGCUCAGCGCGUGCCCCCACCGUGCGUUCUGUUCUGGUGGGCUUCAGCUCCGGCGUGUGUUUGUGUGUGCGCGCGCCUCUUUCUCUCUCUCUCUCUCUCUCUCUCUCUCUCUCUCUCUCUGGUACCGGGACUCCGCGAGCGUCUGCAGACAACCAUGGCCGGAGACGGUUCGGAUCAGCGCGCGCUGCAGUACGAGCAAACUUUGAUGUAUGGACGCUACACACAGGACCUGGGUGUGUUUGCCAAGGAAGAAGCAGCACGUCUGAGGGAGGAGGCGACGUUCAGACGUCUGGUGACUGAGAGAAGUCGAUCACUCGAACUGCUCGAGUACGACAAGAGUCGCUGUGCCAAGUGCAGGAUCUGUACAGUUCACUGUCAGAAGUUUCUGAUCUCCCGUGUGGGUGAGGACUGGAUCUUCCUUAUUCUGCUUGGACUCGUCAUGGCCCUUGUCAGCUUCAUCAUGGACUUCUGCAUCGCUAUCUGUCUACAAGCUCAGAAGUGGAUGUACGGAGGUUUGGACAGUAACAUGGUUCUGCAGUACUUGGCGUGGAUCACUUACCCUGUAGUGCUCAUCAGCUUCUCCGCCGGAUUCACACACAUCGUAGCACCACAGGCUGCUGGUUCUGGUAUUCCUGAGAUGAAGACGAUCCUGAGGGGUGUGGUGCUGAAGGAGUAUCUCACUCUUAAAACCUUUGUAGCCAAAGUGAUUGGUCUGACAUGUGCACUGGGGAGUGGGAUGCCUCUGGGCAAGGAGGGUCCAUUUGUACACAUUGCGAGUCUUUGUGCUGCGCUGCUCUGCAAGUUCAUGUCACUGUUCGGUGGAAUUUAUGAGAAUGAAUCACGGAACAUAGAAAUGUUGGCCGCUGCAUGUGCUGUAGGUGUCGGCUGCUGCUUUGCCGCCCCAAUUGGAGGUGUGCUUUUCAGCAUUGAGGUCACCUCCACAUUUUUUGCUGUGAGGAACUACUGGCGUGGGUUCUUCGCUGCUACAUUUAGUGCCUUCAUCUUCAGAGUGCUUGCAGUGUGGAACCGAGACGAAGAAACCAUCACUGCUCUCUUCAAGACACGUUUCCGCCUCGACUUUCCUUUUGACCUUCAGGAACUCCCCGCCUUUGCUGUGAUUGGAAUAGCGAGUGGUUUCGGCGGCGCUCUGUUCGUUUACCUGAACAGACUCAUUGUCCAGUUCAUUAGGAAACAGAAGGUGAUCAACAAGUUCCUCAUGAAAAAGCGUCUUCUUUAUCCUGCCCUUGUCACCCUCCUGAUCUCCACAUUGACCUUUCCUCCUGGAUUUGGACAGUUCAUGGCAGGCCAGCUGACCCAGAAGGAGUCUCUGGUGACGUUGCUGGAUAACCGCACAUGGGCGAAGCAGGGCAUUGCUGAGGAGUUUGAGUAUGAUGGUCAUGCUGCUGCCUGGAAACACCCACAGGCCAAUGUCUUCAUCACCCUCGUCAUCUUCAUCGUGAUGAAGUUUUGGAUGUCAGCUUUAGCCACCACUAUCCCAGUCCCCUGUGGUGCUUUCAUGCCUGUCUUUGUAAUAGGUGCUGCUUUUGGCAGGUUGGUGGGUGAGAGCAUGGCUGCUUGGUUUCCUGAGGGGAUUCACUCAGACGGUGUUGUGUAUUCAAUUGUUCCAGGAGGAUACGCUGUAGUGGGUGCGGCGGCUCUAUCGGGAGCUGUAACACACACGGUGUCGACGGCGGUGAUAGUGUUUGAGUUGACGGGACAGAUCAGUCACAUCCUCCCCAUCAUGAUUGCAGUGAUUUUGGCUAACGCUGUGGCACAGAGUCUCCAGCCCUCCAUCUACGACUCCAUCAUCCGCAUCAAAAAACUACCCUACCUCCCCGAGCUGGGCUGGGGGCACCACGAAAAGUAUAAUAUCCGUGUGGAGGACAUCAUGGUGAGAGAUGUGAGAUUCAUCACACUGAACUGCACUUACAGAGACCUGCACGAUGUCCUGCUCACUGAGAGACUUAAAACACUUGCACUGGUCGAGUCCUCAGAGUCGAUGAUUUUAUUGGGCUCGAUUGAGCGCGCUCAGUUGCAGGCGCUGUUGUCCAAUCAGCUCGGCCGGCCGCAGAGACUCGAGUACCUACGCCAGCGCUCUCAGAACGAGAAGAAACACUUAGAGACACACUGCAACGAGGAGAACGUUCACAAGUCCAACCUGGAAGUCCGCUUCCAGAUUUCUACAGAGGAAUCAACUUUUACUCCUCCACGUUCUGUCUCACCGAAACCACUGAAGCCUGCACUGAAGAGACAAUCAGUUGUGGACAGAGGCUCACAUUUACCUUCAAGUCAGGAGUCGGGCAUCGCAUUAAAGAGCCUCUUCUGUGCCCACCCAGAUCCUGAACAGGGAGAGAUGAAUAAUCUGGAGAGCUCGGAGGCUCCUGAGUACAGGAAACUGAAGCGUGUGAGGAUAUCUGUAGCGGAAGAAGACUUUGAGGACGACAUGACCAUGAGAGAGAUCGCUGAGUGGGAGGAGCAACAGCUUGACAAGCAGGUCAACUUCAAUAAUUGUAAGAUUGACCCCGCCCCCUUCCAGCUGGUGGAGCGCACCUCACUGCACAAGACGCACACCAUUUUCUCUCUGCUGGGGUUGGACCACGCCUACGUCACCAGCAUAGGACGCCUCAUCGGGGUCGUAUCCCUCCGAGAGCUGCGUAAAGCCAUUGAGGGUUCGGUGACGGUGAAGGGGGUGAAGGUGCGCCCCCCGCUGGCCAGCUUCAGGGAUAGCGGCACCAGCAGCAGCGACGCAGAGGUGACCGAACUCCACAAACUGUGGAACCGUCACACCAACAUGACGCUGCCAAGGGACCAGCAGCCCUCCGACUCGGACGAGAAAUCCCAGUGAACAAAAACACCACAAAAAAGGAAGCGAAAAAAAGUCACAUCAUUUACUCAAAAGCUGCACACUUCUGGGAUUCUUCUGGAAAGUUUUGUUCUGUGAUCUUUCACGUCCCACUUCUUCUGCACUGAUUUUACUUCCUGGUUUCGAUAAAAAGGGAUGUACUAAUGCUAACACUUCCUGAACAAUUCCAAAGCCGUCCUGUUCCUGUCUUGUUCUUCCUCCUGACUUUCGUCUUCCUUUUAUGUCCACAAGGUUUUUCUCUCGUAGCUCGUUAUUGAUACGGAGCCAUGCGAUAUUUAUAUUUAAUAUAUUUACACUGUUCUUAAUGAGCUCUUUUAACAAAUCCCCCCCCCCCAUUACUGGUGUAAAUUAUUUGUAAAUUCAAAUGUAUUUUUUACAUUCUAGCCUUUUUGUUGUCACGUGUCCUACAUGAAGUUCCAAUUUCCAGAUAUGUUCCUCAAGGAACCCGUUUGUAUCUCAUCAUCUGUGAGAUCAAAUGUUCUGACCUUCUGCUCAGUAUUCAUUUUCAGAUGAUCUGCAGCAUCUCAUAUAACCCUUUUUUUCUUGGUCUAAAGAAUCCAACAUUCUUUAGAUGUGUUCCUCAGAGAAGUGCGUCUCAUCAUCUUUUAAAAACUUGAACACAGAACCUAGUCUUGACUCAUACUUUGGCUCUCACUUCCUGCUGAAUAUAAAAACCUGCAGCAUCUCAUAGGACCUUUAUUUGAUCUGAAGAAUCUAACAUUUUUUUGUCUUCCUUAAAGUCUUGUACCCCAUCAUCUUAUCUGAUGAACCUGAUGACCCGGAUAUUCCAUUCCAAUCAGCUUCUUCAACUCCAUUCAUGCUGAAUAGUUGCCUCAUACCAUAAGUUCCAGUAUUCCUGGGGUCUUUUGCAAGCAGAACCGAGAUCAAGUAUUUCCCAUAUCCUGCUUAAUGACCUCCUUGAAGAGCUGCUGUAAGAUCUCAAGAAUAUAUUGGGACCUUCUAUGCAUUUAUCCUGUAGAUGAAACAAAUGAUUUUACAAAUGCCAUUAUGCUCCUUCAGGAACCUGAAGGCAGAACAGCAGAACCUACUCAUUCUAGUACAUUUUGUCGAUUUGUGGUUUUCUCAUCUAAAGAGAAUUAAAGUUUGUUCCUUGAGCAACCAGUCCACCGAACUUUUCAGAAUUCUACAAGAUGAGCUGUAAGAACUCGUAGAUCUAAGAUCUUAAAGUUUUUUUUGAAGAUCAUCAUCAUAUCCAUGUUCUGCUUUUUCCUGUUAGAGGAUAACAUUCAGGUCCCUCACCUCUCGGGUUAGAUGUCUUCUCAUAAACAGUAUUUCAUGUAAGAUCUGCAGAAGCUACAUUUGUCAAUUUAUGAGCGUUUUCAGAGCACCAAGUGUUUGAGAAACCUGUCCAGGUUUUGGACUCACAGUUGCUUAUUCUCAUUGAUCACUUGCUGAAGUCAGAUGUUACCUGCUGAAUAAUUCUUGGACACAUGUUUUAUCAUUUCAUAAGGUCUUAAAGUUUUAAGAUUCUUCAUGAGUGUUUCACCACGUUUUGGUUCUUCCAAUUAUUGUUCUCGUUCAGACUUCAGGUCUUUUUUUUCUGGAGCUGGAACUGGAUAUUCCGUCGGAACCUCGUGGAGUUCAUGUACCUGGUGGAGUUUCACCCUCUGUUCCAAUAUUCAGAUUCUCCUGAUAGUCUUCAGUGAGCACUGAUUAGCCAAAGACCUGGUUUUCGGUCCCUGCAGUGAUGUUCCUCUGUUCACUACACAUUUUCCCUAUUUAGAGUACAACAUCCUGGUGCUGUAGAUACCUAGUGCACUACAGUCACACCAGAACGCCCCCUGAGAUUAGUUUUAGGAACGAAACGAUUUUUGCACUUCCUUCUUGUUUUGCGAUUGAGGACUUUGCCAUUAAAAUAAACCCUUUUGAGUCGUACUGCUGUAGCAUCAAAGAAAACUGACCCUCCACUGAAACUCCUCCUACUUUUACAGGUACAGAAACGUCUACGUUUUUCUGAUGGAAAGUCGUCAAUAUCAAGGGAACAACUGUAAACACUCUUAUAGCGCGAGUGCAAUUAUAAAUAUAUUUUUGUUAUGCUUAAUCAUUGACAUGCAGACUAGUGUUAAUUAAUCAAUUAACCUGUUUGUGUUUUCUUGAUUCGCGCCGUGGCCCUAAACGUGUCCACGUGCGCACGUGUCUUCACUCAUACACUAACUACACUCCUCGAUUAUAACUCUAGCUAGCUGAUCUCAACAGACGAGGUCUAACGAUUCUAACGAUCUAACCUGAGCAAGCGUCUGACUCACGUGUAGGAAACGUGUCUUUGUGAGUUCAUAAAACUCGACAACGGAAAAAUCUUCGGGAAAAAUCUAAAUAUUUUCCUGUAUUUCAUUUCUGAACAAAUCUUCUUGAGCAACAACAAAAAAAAAAUGAGACGGACGCAACUUUUUUGCUGUAUUUGAUGUGGUAAAUGUUUUUGUCUCAGAGAUUUAUAUAUUAAUAUGUUUGUUUGUUUGUUUGAUCAAUUAUGUUGAUUUUUAUUUAGAUUGUUGUCUAUGAUUCUCCCUCUGACCAAUAGGCUCGUGUGUGGGUGGGGUAGAGGGCGGGACUUGCCUUAUAUCGCUAUGAAGUAAGGUUUUAUGGUAUUAGGUUUACAGAUGUAAUAUAUUUGCCUCCUAACAUAUUAAGUACUGGAAUGAUCACGUAUUAAUGAACCACCUGAUCAGAUUUAUUUGUUUGUUUGUGUUUAUGUUUCCAGGAAAACAUAUUAGCAAUGUGCUAGCUAGCAUUGCAAUGAAAUAUCUGACAAAGUGCCUGAAACAUCUCUGAUAUCAUCUAUUUAGAAAGUGUUGUACAUUUACUGAUGAUCCACACUGAUGCACAUUUAUGAUUUGUAUUUUUUUUUUUACCAUCACACUCCUUCUUACUCGCACUCGGGUAACCAUAGCAACCGAUUCUCCGCCCCUUAUUCCUGUCUUAACAACAGGACAUUAAAAUAAUCAUGACCAGGAUUUUAUUUUGUUUCUUUAGUUGUCUUUUUUGUGUUUUCUAUAAAUCAUAGUGUGCAUUUAUUAACAAUCACCUGUGGAGAGAGCAUGUGGGCGGAGCAAGGGGUGGAGUGAGAGACAAGGGGGCGGAGCAAUAGGAACUAUUUUUCUGUUAAUGUUGUAAUCUUAAAAUUAAUGUGCAAUAAUGCCUGUUUGUUUUUGUGUGUGUGUGUGUGUGUGUGUGUGUGUGUGUGUGUGUGUGUGUGAGAGAGAGAGAAAGAUAGAUGACGUUAUUUUUGUAAAGACUUGAUGUUACAGUAUGCACUGAGGCCGAGGGAAUUCUGAAUCAGUAAAACCUCUGGCACUACAAACACACACACACACACACACACACACACACACACACACACACACACACACACACACACACGUCCCAUUCUUCAAAAGGAUUGUUUUAUAUCAGGGAUGAAUAAAGAGAAUUUAACAUAAA